AGGUUGCUGUUGUCGUUAUGGAAACUGGUUAGUUUCCUGCCUGCCGCCUGAUAAAUUUUGUUUUAGAGAUAUUAAAUAUGUAAAACGAUACCUAUAAAUGCUUGUGAAUAUUCAAAGAUGGAGUAUACUGGAAGCAAGUACGAUGGAGAUUACAAAAAUGGAAGAAUGGAAGGAAAAGGAGAAUUCACAUUCCCAGCUUCUUUACAGACAAAAUAUGUGGGUGAAAUGAAUGAUGGAAUGUUUCAUGGGAAAGGCACACUUUAUUUUCAAGAUGGUAGUAAAUUUGUUGGUGAAUGGGAAAAGGGAGUAAAUGUUACAGGACAAUACAUAUUUGCAGAUGGUCUUAAAUAUGAGCCAGAAGACUGGGAAUACUGUGAUGGGUUUGAUCGAAGAUUCUUCACAGAAAUUUGCAAUGGAUUGAAGCCAGCUGGGCGUUCACAGCUGACCAAUAGGAUACCACCGAGAGAAAUUCCAGAGGGUUGUUAUGACUGUGGUGAUGGUUUCUACAAUCCAAACACGCGAAUAGUCAAUGAUUAUGAUGGAAAAUUCCUAAGGAAUUCAGACGAUGAUGAACAUGACUGGAUUGUCAAGAACUGUCGCAAAGGCUGGGAUGAAAAUGUCGGAUAUCAGCCUGAUAUCAAAUGAAGAUUGACAAUGCCUUUUUUAUGAUAGUCAUUAGAUUGUUUAAAUGUUUAUGUAUCAUAAUUAAAUAUCAUUUAAUAACGUUUAUGUAUAUUUAAAGUUUCAUUAGGA